GGCGUGGGCAAAGGCUUCUUGGUAAGCCCGGCAGAAGCCGAGGGACCCAACCCAUGGAGAUAUGCUGGAAGAUACAGGCAGCCAAUGGCUCCAUUGAUGGCUUGGAUUUCAACCCCAUGAAGGAUUACAUGAUCCUGAGCAGUUCCCAAAAGAUAGCUAUCGCGGUGCUGUGCACCCCUCUGGGCCUACUAAGCGCCCUGGAGAAUCUGGUGGUGCUCUAUCUGAUCCUGUCCUCACACCAGCUCCGCAGGAAGCCCUCAUACCUGUUCAUUGGCAGCUUGGCUGGGGCUGACUUUCUGGCCAGUGUGGUCUUUGCCUUCAACUUUGUAAAUUUCCACGUCUUCCAGGGCGUUGAUUCCAAAGCUGUCUUCCUGCUGAAGAUUGGCAGCGUUACUAUGACCUUCACGGCCUCUGUAGGCAGCCUGCUGCUGACGGCCGUUGACCGCUACCUCUGUCUGCGCUACCCACCUACAUACAAAGCCCUACUCACCCGUGGGAGGGCACUGGUGACCCUGGGCAUCAUGUGGGUUCUCUCAGCAUUGGUUUCCUCUCUGCCUCUCAUGGGAUGGACUUGCUGUCCCAAGCCCUGCUCUGAGCUUUUCCCCCUGAUCCCCAAUGACUAUCUGCUGGGCUGGCUCCUGUUCAUUGCUGUCCUCUUCUCUGGCAUCAUCUAUACCUAUGCACAUGUCCUCUGGAAGGCCCAUCAGCAUGUAGCCAGUUUGGCUGAGCACCGGGACAGGCAAGUGCUCGGAAUGGCCCGGAUGAGGCUGGAUGUGCGGUUGGCCAAGACCUUGGGGGUGCUGCUGGCUGUGCUCUUCACGUGCUGGGUCCCGGUACUGACCCUCAUGGUCUACAGCCUGGCCACCACUCCAAGCAAACAGGUCAAGAAGGUCUUCGCCUUCUGCUCCUUGCUCUGCCUUGUCAACUCCAUGGUCAACCCCAUCAUCUACGCCCUGCGGAGUGGGGAGAUCCGCUCCUCCGCGCACCACCGCCUGGCCCACUGGAAGAAGUGCCUGAGGGGCCUCGGGCCUGAAGGAAAAGAAGAGGUCCCGAGGUCCUCAGUCACUGAGACAGAGGCUGAUGUGAAAAUCACCCUGGGGCCAGAUUCCAGAGAGCUGUACUGCUCUGAUCACUAA